AUGAUGGGAGUCAUUGUGGUCAGGGCUUUAGUUUUAUGAUGGGAGUAAGUGGACAUUGCUUCCGGAGGAGUCUUAAACCCAAAGGAAUUUAAGAAACCUCAGUAAGCUGUCUAUUUAACGGAUAUCUUGGUAUCGUCGGAGUGGUAUCAUGCCUCUUUAUACGAGUGUAUCUUGCAUAAGUCUCCUACCAUAGUAGCACUGACUGUCCUACACAAAGUAUUGCACGUACUUAUAUAAUGGAAGUUGCAUACUGGGCAUGUUAAGAGAUGGUGUACCCUCCAUGGCUGCUGUUAACACUUAUACGUUAAUGACAUAAAAAAGUUCUAUGAAUUAUAGGAAAAUGGUCGAAUCCUCUAGUUCAUUCUGGAUGUGACUAGAUUUGUCACAACUUAUUUAACUCUUGCUUGUCUUCAUGAAUUAAAGGCAUAAUUGUUGACCAUGUUUAGCUCUGAAGAGUGGAAGACAAGCAAGUUUGGAACUUCACAAGAGGGUAGAAAAGUACAAUAUGUGAUAUUAGAUAGCUAGUUUUGGAAGAAUAUCUACACAUGCCUGAAAGCUGCUGCCCCUUUUAUGGUGGUCUUAAGAUUAGUAGACCCAGAUGUAAAACCUGUGAUGGGUUUCAUUUAUGAAGAGAUGGAUUGUGAAAAAGAGAAGAUUAGGUCUAACUUUAACAAUAUCAAAAAGAGUUAUGAAGAGGUUUGGAGAAUAAUUGAUGCUCGAUGGGAUAAUCAACUUCAUAGGCCUUUGCAUGCAGCUGCCUAUUUUCUGAACCCCCAUUUCCACUAUGAACCUAACUUUAGAUCUGAUGAUGGUGGAGAGGUGAAAGAAGGAUUGCAUUUUUGCAUGAGAAGAUUGAUACCAGAUAUGGCAGAAAGAAGAAAAAUUAAUUUACAAAUUGUUGAAUUUCAUAAUGCCAAAGGAUUUUUUGGAAUGGAAGAUGCAAAGGAGUGUAGGAAAGAGUUAAAUCCUGGGGAAUGGUGGGACAUGUUUGGUGAUGGAACUCCAGAGUUGAAGAGAUUUGUUAUUCGAAUUCUAAGUUUAACUUGUAGUUCUUCUGGAUGUGAGCGUAAUUGGAGCUCAUUUGAAAUGAUAAUUUAAAUUAUUUUUAAUUUAUAAAUUCCUUUAUUAUGUUUAUAUCUUCACUAAAAAUUUUAUAUUUCAUUUUAGGUUCAUACAAAGAGAAGGAAUCAUUUGCAUAAAAAAAAGAUGAAUGAUUUAGUUUAUGUGAUGUAUAACUCCAAGCUGAAAAAUAGACAAAUUCGAAAAACUGUAGCUCUUCCAUUUGAUGACAUUGAAUUAGAUGAUGAAUGGAUAGCUGAAGAGGCAGAUGAUGUUGUUGAGAUUGAUAAAGUUGAAGGUGAAAAUGAUGGUGAAAAUGUUCACUUAGAUGGAGCAAUAAUAGAUCCUGUUCUAGAUGUUCUUGAUCUUGAUAACAUAACAUUUAGGAACAAUGAGGAUGCACAACAUUCAUUAGAGGAAGAGUUAGAUGAGGAUGAUGAUGUCAUUAUUAGAGGAUUAAAGUAUUAGGCAUAAAGACUUUGAUAUUUCAAUUUAUGUUUUACAUUAUAUUUUUAUGAUCAAUAUUUCUAUGAACUUAUGUAUUUCAACUUAUAUA